GGGUGUACAUGCUCAAAACUUUACCACUUUUGUGUCUCGUGAUACAAGCUCAAAGACUAAAAACAUCCUUCUGGAGCAAAAUCAUGUUUCUAGUGGAGAGAAUGAAAAUGUUCGCUAAGAUCAAUGAAAAAAUUUGCAACAUGACUGCCAUUAUAUUUGAAAAUGAGCCCUUGAUGAAAUCUUUGCAGCAGGCUAAAUUUGAUAUGAUGUUAACCGACCCUGCUAUGGGUGGUGGUGUGCUACUAGCACACAAGCUUGGCCUCCCUCUUGUGUUCAAUGUUCGUUGGACUAUUCAUGGAGAAGGCCAUUUUGUCAUUGCUCCUUCCCCUCUGUCUUAUGUACCUUCUCCUGGAGCAGAGCUAACAGAUAAAAUGACUUUUAUCCAACGAGUUAUAAAUGUAUUGAAUUACUUCACCGUUUCCUAUCAACAAUCAACCUAUUUUGGCCAACCUUACAAGGCUUUUUGUCAGAAAUACUUUGGACCUGAUGUGGAUUAUUUUUCCCUUCUUCAGAACGCAGAUAUCUGGCUCAUGAGAAAUGACUUUACUUUUGAAUUUCCACGACCCACAAUGCCAAAUGUGGUCUAUAUGGGUGGCUUCCAGUGCAAGCCUUCCAAUCCACUUCCUGAUGAUCUAGAAAAGUUUGUCCAGAGUUCAGGGAAGCAUGGGCUCAUCAUAAUGUCUUUGGGCUCUCUUUUUGGAGAACUUCAAGGUGACGUUACAGAUGAGAUAGCAGCUGCCUUUGCCCAACUGCCUCACAAAGUCAUUUGGAGACACACUGGACCUCAACCUUCUACCCUUGGCAACAACACGUUACUAGUGGACUGGAUGCCUCAGAAUGACCUACUUGGACACACCAAGACUAAGGUCUUUGUAGCCCAUGGAGGAACCAAUGGUAUUCAGGAGGCUAUUUAUCAUGGCAUUCCCAUUUUAGGUCUACCUCUAGUAUUUGAUCAGCCCGAUAACCUGUCAAGGAUGAGAGAAAAGGGAACAGCUAAAGUCCUGGAUAUUUCUGAACUGGACAGAUCAGUAUUUUUAGAGGCAUUGAAGGAAGUGCUAUAUAACACAUCUUACAGGGAGAACAUGCAGAAGUUGUCUCAGCUGCAUCGUGAUCAGCCCAUAAAGCCUCUUGAUCAUGCAAUCUUCUGGAUUGAAUAUGUUAUAAGGAAUGGAGGUGCUCCUCACUUGCGCACGCAAUCUUUCAGGAUGUCCUGGAUUACCUAUCACUCUGUGGAUGUCAUGCUCACAUUGCUGGGGGCUUUGUUAAUUAGUGGCUGGUUAACAUUUUUCGUGCUGAGAUAUCUUUGUUUUAGAGUAAUCUUUAAAACAAAACUCAAACUAGAAUGAUAUUUUUGCUCAUCAUUUGUAGACAGCAGGUGAAGGUGUAAUUAUGUACCUAUGUGUAGUUUAUAAGUAGUAUGAACCAUCUCAGUCUUAAACUCUUUUUAGAUCUAGAUUAUCAAGCAACUUUGUACACAUCAUUGUUCUCAUAUUUAUACAGUGAUAAGUAUGCAAAAUUUAGUGAAAAUGAGGAGAAAUUAUAAUAAUUAGAAGCAAUUUCAUGACAUAGCCACGAAAUCCCAGUAAGGUGAAUUCAACCAGACUGAACUGGAUUCUACUACUGCUUUUGAGACAAGGUUGCAACUUGUAAUUCCCCACCUACAUCCAGUACAAACCACCAAAAACACCCCUCAACUUGAAAUUUCAACUAAUAGUAUUCUCAGUUUCCAGUUCCUUCACCGUUUACACAAUGACAUAAAAUCAACAUGGCAAUGCACAUUGUGAACAGUGUAAAGUACCCCAUCUCUACAUUUAAAUGAUUUUAAAGCAGUAUUGGAUUUAGAUCAGUUGAUACACUGAUACAGUAUUAGGUUAAACCUAUAACACUGACCAGUGUAAUUACUAUUUUGAGAAGGUAGUCAUCAACAUUAGCAAUCACAAACAUUAGCUGGCUAGCCUUUUGCUAACGCUACUUGCUAUUGUCUGCUGUUGUUGUACUGCAAUUUCACUCUAAUAUGUUGCAUGAGUGUUUAAAAUUCACAAUAGCAGAACCAAACGUAUAGCCAGUCAGGCCUGUAACUGCAAAAAUGUGGUUAAUGCAACUUUUUAUGAGGUGACAAAACAAACAAAAGAUAUGUUGUCAUGGAGGCAACCAUAUUUAACGUAUGUAAUGUUUGUGUAUAAAAUGCCUUUAAUGUAUGUAAUGUUUACCAUGUAUAAUAUGUUCAUGUAACAGCUCAAGAAUCAGUAGGUAUUAAUUCAAUUACAUAACUAGUUUUUAACUUUAAUUAUGACUUACAAUGAUAUUUGAGUAUUUGCCCACA